ACAUGGCAGCUUUCUGAGUUUUGGAGAAGGGGGACCUGGUGUAAAUAAACACGAUUUUCACGUUUUACAGAUAACGACAGCGUUUGGGUGUUAGUGUUUAAGACUGGCUGGGGCCGCAGAGGGAAAAUGUCGAGCGACGGAAACAGAAAACAGUUCUGGAAAAGAAACGCAGCCAAGGUUCCUGGCAGCAUUCAACAUGUAUAUGGCGCACAACAUCCACCUUUCGACCCGCUCCUUCAUGCUAAUCUAAUUAAAGCAGGCAACAAGCCUACUCCGGCGACGCCAGGCAAGCCCAAAAAGGCGACCACCUUCCAGGAGUUUGAGAGCAUCACAAGUGACGCCUGGGAUGUCGGGGAUGAUGAUGAUGAGCUGCUGGCCAUGGCUGCGCAAAAUCUUAACAUCGAGGUGGUUAUGGAGACGGCCAAUAAGGUGAUUGAGAAUCACAGCAAGCAGCAGGAGAGACAGAGGCUGGACGACACAACAGAGCUGGAACAUAGAGAAGAGGACACACAGGAGGAGGUAGCGGAGGAGGAAGAGGAGGACGAGGAGGACGAAGAGGACAGGGUGGAGGAGGGAGACGUAACCAGCCCAGAGGUGUCGUUUGCCUCCCAAAGCAGCCCUUAUACUGAUGGCCGCCUGGUGAAGUCCCACAGCGAAGCUCCAAUUGGGUCACCUAAAGAAGCAGCAGGUGAGUGCGCAGCCCUCCACAGACAGCGGUCUCUGCCCCACCGGCCACCCGUCAUCCCACUAGUGGCUCGCAUGGCUGACCAGAACACAUCUGGCACCCCAGCCAUGACUGAGAGGGAGGCGUCCCGUCUGGAUAAGUUCAAGCAGUUGCUGGCUGGGCCCAACACAGAUCUGGAGGAGCUACGGAAACUCAGCUGGUCCGGAAUCCCGCGACAGGUCCGACCGAUUACGUGGAAACUCCUUUCAGGUUACCUGCCAGCUAAUGCAGAGAGGAGAGAAAGCGUCCUACAGAGGAAGAGACAAGAAUAUUUUGGCUUCAUCCAGCAAUACUAUGACUCCCGCAAUGACGAACACCAUCAAGACACAUACAGACAGAUUCACAUUGACAUACCGAGAACUAAUCCUCUUAUUCCUCUUUUUCAACAAGCUUCUGUCCAAGAGAUUUUUGAGCGGAUCCUGUUCAUUUGGGCCAUCCGCCACCCGGCCAGCGGCUACGUGCAAGGCAUCAAUGACCUGGUCACGCCGUUCUUCGUGGUCUACGUCUUUGAGUACAUCGAGGAGGAAGUAGAAAACUUUGACGUGUCCAGUCUCCAGGAAGAGGCUCUGAGGAACAUCGAGGCUGACAGUUUCUGGUGCAUGAGCAAACUGCUGGACGGCAUCCAGGACAACUAUACAUUUGCCCAGCCAGGCAUCCAGAGAAAAGUCAAGGCCCUGGAGGAGCUGGUCAGCAGGAUUGAUGAGUCUGUGCACCGCCACAUGCAGCACUACGAGGUGGAGUACCUGCAGUUUGCCUUCCGCUGGAUGAACAACCUCCUGAUGAGGGAGCUGCCACUUCGCUGCACGAUCAGACUGUGGGACACCUACCAGGCUGAACCAGAGGGCUUCUCCCAUUUCCACCUCUAUGUGUGUGCAGCCUUCCUGGUGAGGUGGAGGAAAGAAAUUCUAGAAGAGAGGGAUUUUCAGGGGCUAAUGAUCCUCCUGCAAAAUCUACCCACGAUGCACUGGGGCAAUGAGGAAGUGAGUGUGCUGCUGGCCGAAGCCUACAGGUUGAAGUUUGCCUUUGCCGACGCGCUCAACCACUACAAGAGAUGAUAAGCGUGGCGCUCCGCAGCUGCUCCCCUCCUCUUCCUCCUUCUCUUCCUCCUCCUCCUCUUAUUCCUCCUUUUCCUUCCCCACAGUCGUCUACUGAACUUAGAGGCCUCUUUUCCUACAUGGAAGGACCUUCCCUUUUCUUAACCUCCUUUUCCCAAAUUGCCCAACGGGCCUUUCAGCUACUAAGAGAUUCGAAUCAGCCAAUGACUGGGAGGACGUGCGGUGUAGCAUUCUAACAUGUUGAUGUGGAGCCUUUUUUUUUUUUUUUCUCUGAUCAGCUCUGAAACGUGCACUCCUGCAGUCCAGUGCAGAUCCCUCUUCUUCAUCGUUGAAGACCACACCACAACUUUGUGUCGGAGUUUGGUUCGCUCAAGCUGACACCUCAAAAGUACGACCUCAGGCCUGAUGCAGGACCACGAGCCUUUGCUCAGCGCCGCCUGAGGUCUAGUCUGGCUCAGAAGAAUGUUCUUUCCUGCUUACUGUUAUUUCCAAUACCAUGGCAAUACCUUGUUCUUUGUUCCCCGUGGCAAAGAUGUGACCUUUUUUUUUUUUUUUUUCCAGUUUGCAAAGACAAGGAAAGAUGGCAAAAGGGCACUGAGCUAGACGGUUUACAUAUCUGAGCCCCUCUCCUGGUCACAACACGACCCGGAGGAACAUGUCCUCUUCUGUUUUUCUUUUUUCUCCCUCCUGCAUCCUGCCGGGAGGGACACAGAUUGUUUUCCUUCAUGAACACGCCAGAAUUUCACAAAGAGAGAGAGAGAGAUUGUCAGUCUAGAGGGGAAGAAUCAUGUCUCCUUCCUUCCACAAACCACACACACCAGCUCAAUCCUAUUCUCCCACCCGCACUCCAGCAUCACAGCGUUUUGAGUGUAAGACAAACAGUGGUAAGAGGCUGCAGGUCAGGAGGGUCACACAUACGCAGAUCCGCAUCAGAGGUAAUAAGCCAUUAGGAGUAAGAAACUACUUAUUCCCACUCAUUCGAUUUUCCUCAGACCUGUCUUUAUGAAGGACCAUGUCUUAUCUAUUAUCUAUUCCUCCUCUCUGGACCUAAGACUACCUCAGAACACACGGUAACACACAAGUCGUAAGAACUGGAAAUCCACUCACUGAGGCGUGAAUGGACACACAACACACGUUGGCGCGUAUAUUGUGACUUUAAAAGAAAAAACACACACACACACAAACAUGCACACGUCAGUAUGGGCUCAAAAUAAACGCUUUCUGUUCAUUUCAGAAAUGAAAUUCUCAUCAAAGAAGCUAAAUUUGUGUAAUUGUGAAGUGAAGAUCAAAAUGAAUAACUUUGGCUUGUUAAGUACAGUUUCUGUUUUCCUCACCCACUCCUCUCCUCCUGUGUGAUGGGCCCUGUUUUCAUGGGUGUUUAAAAAAAAAAAAAAAAGCCACAUGCAACCUUCCAGUUGGUUGAUUCGGUGUAGGUGGAAAUAGUCUGACAUUUUUCCGAGGAUAGACUUCAUAGGACUUUGCAACAGCAAGCACAAAUGAAAUGUGUUUUGUAAAUGUGCAACAGUUCACAGAAUAAGUUCAAAUAGAGAUAUUUCUUUACACAUACUCUGCACAGGAGUUCCAACUCAACAAUACGACUUUAAUUCAGGUGAAGUUUCGGUAAGGAUUUGCCUGUACGCAGCUCAACAUUAAUCAGUGAUAGUUAAUAUAGUUCUUAAUAUUCACCCAUAAGGCCAAUCUCGCCUAUAAACAUAUGCGAGUCGAUUAUGGGUUUUCUUGCAGCCUCUAUCUCUAAGGACGUCUUGCACAUUUAGAAGGUAACUGAACAUGCUUGAUCCAUGUUGGUUCACUUAAUUGAAUCAUGUGUAAGCAGCAGUGAGCUACUGCAAAAUUAACAACAUAACAUCUCUGCUAGUGUGCACUGGAAACAAGUACGCUAUAACUUUGGUUUUCUGCAGCUUCCCAGUGGAUGCAGUAAAAAAAAUCAUCGGCGAUGUUGGACAAGAUCCUGGAGUUGUGCUGGACACACUCAUAAUACACUGCUGUGCCUUCACUCAGCUUCAGGACCAUCGUUGCUCCUCUCUACAUGUUAUACAAAAAGUGAAGGUAAUCAGAGCGAAGCUUUGCACACCAUUGCAUUCUCUUCCGACUGGAAAAAGUAGAGUUCAUUUUUAAAAUUUUCUAAAUGCGUUUAUGCUGCAGAAGGAGUUUGGUUGCAUUUGAUUGUGUUUUCCCAGAAGUGUAAAAUCUGGUCUGAACUCCUGUCUAUUGCGAUAGAAAAACAACAGGCUUAACAGAUAACUAUUAUUAUUAAACAUUACCUUUAAUGUGAAAUCCUUUUCAAGCUGCACAUAACUGAACAAAAACCGCAGGUGCAUUUAAAUACAAGCUCAUCAUUAUUGUGCACAUGAGCUUCCACUUAUUGUAAUCAUACCGUUACUGUAGCGCUGUCUCUUUCACCAUCUUAAUUGCGUGCAUCGUCCUGUUCAUUUAGAGCACAUGGGAUAUCUUACCCAAAGUCAGUAGCACCAUACUGGUGUAUUGUGGAUGGAGGGGGGGGGGUUAAUCAGACAUUCAUGACAUAACACAAAGCUGUUAACGUUUGGAGCCUCCUGUCGCGACUCCGCCAGGAUCCAUUAUUGUCAUCCCGAGCCCCGCAAAGACGGUGUGCAUAGGUGUGUGAAGGGGAGAUGGAAGGAGAGAGGGAGCGAGUUGUGUUUCUUUGGAAGUUUCAGGGCUUUUUCUGUGAGAGCUGUCAGUCUUUGAUCACACGUCGGGAUUUUUUUCACACAGCCCGCGCCAAUUCACAAGCCCCUCAUCUCCCAUGCUCUCUGACAAGGAAAAACUGCACUUAAUUUAAAAGUCUAUAGCCUUUUUUUUUUUCCCUCUCUCUCUUUUUGUAUCAGAUAUAUUCUUUCAAUCAGCAUUUUAAAGAUUUGUCUUUCUCCUUUUUUGGUUUUAUUUUUUUAUGCUGUUUACAUGACAAGUCUAUUAAUUUGUGCCUGACUCUGGAGACACGAGACAACAUCCUAGAUAUGUUUUUGACCUCAAAUUAACUUGGAAAGGUUUUAGAUUUCUGUAAGCAAUAGUAUGACAUUUUGAAUUUGCUGUGAAAAAAACAGAAAAUAUCUUAUUUUUUUGUUUGCACAUCUAGUUUUUGGGGUGUGUAAGCUGCCAAGGUAAACUGUUUAUUUAUCCUAUGGGCAUUUACAACCAUAUUAAUAGUCCAAACUUGGCAACUGACUGUUUGCUAAACCGCUCCUGUGCACAGCAGUCGUCAUAGCUUAGUAACCAUUAACUGAGCAUGGUAGGCCUGUCGAGCUUUACAUUUCUCCACAUGCUGAAAUGGUGCGUUUAGGGCCUUCAGCAUUUAAAGAGUUUGUCUGUUUUGUCCAAAGUCAGAAACACAUGAAGUAAAGUGUAAGGAAUGUACAACUACAUUAGUUUGUGCGAUUACACUUUAUGUUUAAAAAAGAAAAAAAAGAAAAAGAAAAAAAAGGUUGAAGUGUGUUAUUUCCCCAAGCCAGUCCUGGAAGCUGUGUUUAUGCUAACGCUAGCAUCACCAUCAAUCAACCACCUGCCAACAUUACCCAAGAAUUUCAAUAUUUAAAUCUGCCACCGUUAAAGCAUGUCGAGAAUGGAAAGCUUGACAGGCAUGGUAACGGUAACUAAGGGAGGCGGGGCUUAGCAGACAGUCAAUUGUUGUCCUGUUUAUUGUCCAAAGCCCUACAACUAUAGUUUUUAAGAUGUUAUGUUGCCUUAUUGCACAUGUUAAUAUUGAACACUGUGGGGGAAUAAAUGCCAGUGGUGACAAGGGAUGUCAAGGGCAACAGUGUUGGAGGUUUACAGUUAGUUUACUGUCUGUGAAUGUAUGUGUGUGUGUGUGUGUGUGUGUGUGUGUGUGUGUGUGUGUGUGUGUGUGUGUGUGUGUGUGUGUGUGUGUGUGUGUGUGUGUGUGUGUGUGUGUGUGUGUGUGUGUGUGUGUGUGUGUGUGUGCGCGUGUGUGUGAGUGAGAGAGAGAGAAUGUGAGAAUGUGUGAGUGAUGGGCAAACACUGUAGGCCCCACACCCCCCUUCUCCUUCCUCUUUUUAAAUCGUUAGAGAAAUUUCUCAGUUUUUGCUGUAAUGUCACAUGCAGUAAUUUCCCUUUAACAAGAAUUAGCUGCCUGUUGGAUUUUUGUGAAAAGAGAUGGUUUAAUAAACAAACACAUAAGCACAUUCAGUUGCUCUCAGUGUCAAAUUAGCCUGGCUGUAGCCCACUGGCUCUCAGCACACACACGUCUCCAUGGUGAUGAAGGCCUAGGUGCUAUCUGGCUGGAGCCCUUUUUCUAAUAGCACACACAUACACACACACUCACACACACAGGCAAACUUCAAACAUUCUUUGGAGCAUCUUCAGGAGGGUAUCCUUAAGUAACAUUUUCAGCUGCUUUCAUUUCUUUUAGACUUUUUUUUUUUUUCUCUCGCUCUACUUCUGCAGACAUGAAAAUAUGUUUAUGAAAACCAAACUGGGGGGAAGAAAAAAAACAACCCUCCCAUGUGUUUUGCCUCAUGAGCACUCAGAAGAAUCUAAUAAUACUAGAGCGUUGUGGGUGACAGGAGUAGUGGCUCAUGAAUUUAAAAUGUGUACAGAGAAGAUUUUGAAACAAAAAUCUGUAAAUAGAAAGUGUAAAUAAAUCCUAUAUAUGACAAAAACA